AGCGACUGCGCCGAGACACAUCUGGCAACCUUGCCAGUACCUCAAUUUAGUGAUUGUGUGGUUCGCGAAGGUCGUCGGCGUAAACUUCGUGUGUACAUCGAGAAGGCUGACAGAAUUGUCGUUUGUGAUUUUUGAGAUCCGCAUCCUAAACAAUAACAACAACAACAACAACAACAUCCGUAUCGAUUUCAGAGUGGCGACGACGUGUUGCGCCACUUUGCACCAGUGCACGAUUUCCGCAUGAAUAUGUGAACGUCGGUUUCGGAUAGGAUUAUUUACAACAGGACUGAACAGUGAACAGUGCGAAAUUAAUUCGGUAGGCAUGGUUCCUUGUUGCCCAGUGGCGGACUAAAUAGUGUCGAGUCAUGUGAAUGCGAAAUAUGGUGGAUUGUUCUCGUUAAGCGCCUUAAUGGACGUAAGAUAUAUUCUUAGACCUAUCCUUUUCAGUAAAACAAUGAACGACUGCACGAAGGACAUAUCUUGGGAUACUGGCAUAAUAAUAAAACAAGAGCCGAUCUUGGAGAACGGGAUGUUACCUACGGCCAGCGUGCCGAUACCGUCGCGCAAGGACGGCGCAGAUUAUCGCACCGACUUCACGCUGGAUUUGGAUAACGCUGAUUCACCUCUCUACAACCACAUGGGACUGCUGGACCAGUUUCAACCCUCUAACUCGUACGGCGACAGUCCACUAUGGAAUGACAAGUUAAACUCGGACGCCCUCAAAACCGAGGCACUCAUUCAUAUGGAUGAGGACGAUAUAUUUCAGGUGGACAAAGCCGAUUUGAUUCAAGGACCGACCUUGGCGGAAUUGAACGCGAACGACGAGACGUUGCUGGGCGAUCUCAACUUCGACGAUCUUCUACUGCCAGACGGUACGACGUAUAUUACCAUGGGUUCUAUAGGCAAGUCAAUUACACCUGGGGUCACGACUCACAACAACAAUAACAACAACGACACUUUCUAUUUGCCGGGACCAAAAACCGGAAUAGGUUUUUAUAAAGACAUUGAUCUGGCAUCGAGUGCUCCCGCAGGAAUGUUCGACAGUUACGUGAAGAACGCUGUAAAUUCGUUUUCUUCCGCGAGUCUCACGAGUUCCAAUUCGUCCUUGGUGCAGUCCUCAUCUCCACAGAAUGUUAAGACCAAUUCUCAAAAGACAUAUACCUUAAAUGAACUGCUUAAACAGGAGACCACCGAGUCAAAUAAUGUUUUAGGUCAAUCAGUGCCUACUCAAGGUACCCCAUUGACGGCAGCCAAUGUCCAAGCGUAUAAGUCAGGGGCACCGCGUUUAUCAUCAUCAGCACCCACGCACUUAGGAUUAGAGCAAAUCUGGGCGAGGCGUGAGCCAAGAAAGCACCUUCUGUCCACCAGUUCGUUGGCUGAGGCCGGCUCCACCUCCUCUAUAUCAACUAGUGGCAUUUUAAGUCCAGAUCCACAGGAUUUAUCGCACGACGAGCUAGAAAGUGACGAUGAAAGCGACAUCCAAUAUGAAGAUUUCUCUUCCGAAAAUGGCGACUCAGAUGACGACGAAGAGACCAAACAGCAGAAAAGAGACCGCUACUUCUGGCAAUACAACGUGCAGGCGAAGGGACCGAAAGGUCAACGUUUAGUUAUGAAAGCCAAAUUAGAAGAUCCACAUGUGUUGGGUGAGGUGCAAGACCCAGUUUUCAGUCCGGACUGUUCGCUGCGUGGCAUUAAACAUAGUGGAAAAGCGCGGAAAGGUGAUGGCAACGAUCUGACACCCAAUCCCAGGAAGCUCUUUAAUAUUGGCAAAGAGUUAGACAACUUGGCUAAGAUCAUUAAUGACAUGACUCCAGUGAACGAGUUACCGUUUAAUGUUAGGCCCACAUCUCGAAAAGAAAAGAACAAACUCGCAUCAAGAGCAUGUAGACUGAAGAAGAAAGCUCAACAUGAGGCCAACAAAAUCAAAUUGAAUGGACUGGAGUCAGAACAUAGACUAUUAAUAAAUGGUAUAGAGCAAGUCAAACAAAUAUUAUUAUCAAAAUACAAGGACAAGGCCAAGGAAAAGAAAGAGGAACAUUCAAAGAAUCUAGAAAAAAUUGCCAAAAAUUGUCAGAAGGUAAAAAUUGCCGGAUUUACGACCGAUUACGUUAAUAAAGUAUUAGAGAAGUAUAAACCCGCAAAUACCUUACCAGACGAUUUAUAGAAAUGAUUUUCAUAUUUACAGAUAUACUAGGACGAAAAUCGUCGACUGACAACUAUCGAAUCCACGAAUUUACUCUUUUGUGUAGAUACUAUUUAUUAUAUAUAAUCAAACACAGUAUCAAAAUCCUUGAAGGACAUUUUUAUUGUAUCAUAUAAUUAUAAUUGCCUGUUGAGUUUUUUUCAACCAAUGUUGAUACAAACAAAAAAUGCACCAAAAUUUCUGCAACUUGGAUAGUACAAAACACAAACCAUAUGUGAACUGUAUUGCUUCAGUGUCUUUGCACUUUGAAAACAUUUGCCUUAGCAAUUUUGUCUAAAUAUAUUUAAUAUAUGUAAACGUUUAUUAUGAAGUAUAAGAGCAAAAGUGGUACUCACAUUUUUCAAGGGAGAAUCGAGAAUAUUAUUUUAAAGGUUGCUGAAAAUUGAUAUGUUUAAUUAAGUUGUUAUGGUAAGCUCUCUUAACCCAGUUGACAAAUAAUUCGUUAUAAAUGAGGAAUUCAAAUUGAAUGAUUUACAUAUAUCUUGUAUAUUUUAGGAUUGUUAUAAAUGCUUAAUAUUAUUUAGAUAUAAAUGUAUGAAGUAUAUUUUUGAUACAGGUGUUAGUGUGCGAGGAAACACUAUUGACCAUUAAAAUAAUAUGUAUAUGAAUGACUGGUCUAAAAUUAAGAGGAUUAUUACUUUGUUAUGAUACUUUUAACAUAUAUUUUUAAUAAAAUAGUAGACCAGUUUUUUUAUAAUAUUUUGUAACAAUUUUAUUUGUCCAAAUUAUUCUUGUACUCUUUAUAAUCUAGAAGUUGUAGGAGCUAGUGAUAUAGUGUUCAGAGUAAAAUCAUAUAUAUGUGUAUAUAUAUAUAUAUAUAUAUAUAUAUAUAUAUAUAUAUAUAUUUACUACUACCCACUUUAAUCAUAUAUUAUCAAAAAUAUUUAAUGUAUUGUUCGUGAAUUUUAAACCACAUCAUUAACUGUAAUUAGAUAUAAGUAGUUAUAAAGUGUUUCUAUUGAUUAAGGUCGAAAAAAAACAGCCAUUGAUAAUUUUGAACUUUAUUAUGCCACUGCUCUUAUACUGUAGAAAUCGCCAAAAAUAAAGACCAUCGAUGUGGAAAUCAGUCGUUGGAGUACACGUAAUCAAUCAAUAUUUUAUACUUUUAUUUAGAAAUUCAAAAGCUAAGAUAACAUCCACUUGAUUUUAGUUUUUAAUGUCGGAGAAACGGGUAGUAACUGUUACGUCAUUUUAAAUUGUAUUCUGAACUUUUAACAACUGAUUCUAGCAGUUUUGUGUCUUUAUGAUAAGGCGUCCAUAUUUUAAUAAUGUGUACAUCAGACAUAAUUUUUAUAUAAGUAUUUUCUAUAGGAAGGAACAUUGUAACAUUUCCUUGUUUUCUAACAAAUUUAAUAUAUAUAUAUAUAUAUAUAUAUAUUUAUAUAUUUCUGUGAUAUUCUUAGAAAGUUUAAUUACUUCUAUAGGUUUUGAGUUUGUCCUUUAGGCAAGAAUUCGGUUUUAGUUGUCGUUUUUCACAUGGGUCUUUAUGUAAGUUUCUAGUUUAGAGCAGUGCUGGAUUUAUAAAUCUGCAACUUUUUUAGCAGCUACCUGUUUGUAUUAAAUUGUACUUUUCAUUCGAAGAGAAGCUAUGAACAAAAUGUUCUUCUAUAUUUCCAGUACUGCAUUAGGGAAAAGAAGAACUUUAAUGUGCGGCUGUGAUUUACAAAAAAAAAAAAAACAAAAAACAUUUAAGUUUUAUAAUGUUCUUAGCACAUUGACUGUCGACACAAUUUGAGACACAGCAUGCUUUCAAUGUGGUAAACAUUUUGCAUAAACUCUAUUGUAAUGAUUUGAAAUAAAUGUUUCUCCCUUA